AUGCAAACUCCGAUCUACAAAUUCGAACCAACCGACUACGAUGUGGUGUACGAACCGGCCGAGGACACAUUUUUGCUGCUCGACGCACUGGAAGACGAACUGCCGGACAUCGUUCGCCGGCAACCGCUGCUGUGCGUUGAGAUUGGCCCGGGCAGUGGAGUUAUCAUCACGGCACUCCGCCAAUCCCUCUCCCUGGCAUCGAAGGAAGUGCCGCCGCACUGUCUUGGGUUCGAUAUCAACCCGGCGGCGUGUCGGAUGACGCACCGGACGAGUGCACUGAACGGAGCGGCCGUCGAUGCGGUCAACAGCGAUCUACUCGGUAGUCUUCGGUCUCACAGCGUCGACCUGCUCGUCUUCAAUCCGCCGUACGUGCCAACGCAACCACCGGCCAGUAGCGACUCACUUGAAGAGCACAUUGACGAGUUCCGGCGAUCGGAACAACUAACCCACUCGUGGGCAGGCGGUAUCGAUGGACGGGCCGUUACCGAUCGUGUCGUUGCCGAUCUAAAGCGUGUCCUUGCUCCCGGUGGCGUGCUCUAUCUGCUGCUGGUGAAAGAGAACAAACCGCAAGAGGUUCUGCGAUGCGUGGAGCGGCUCGGCUUCCGGGGGAACAUCGUCAAGGAACGUCGUAUCCGUGGUGAACACCUUUUCGUGCUGCGAAUCUGCGAGCCCACGGCACGAUGA